CACUCAGAGAGCGACGCGAGUGGAGGAGAGAGCGCGAGAGAGUGAGUUCUGCGCGCUCAGCUGGCACGGUGAUCUGGGUUACGCACCGGUCCUGCGCUCACAACAACACACAUCACCACCACCACCACCACCGGGGAACGGAACCAACCGGCUCGUGUGGAAUGAGUUUUUACGCACCGGGGAUAUGGCGGUGCGCGCUGACCCGGUAAUACCGUGUUAGAACCCUCCGUCCUCCUCCCCCUCCAUCAUCAGCCCCCAGAGGGGCGAGAAGCUGCGAUCAGGGGGAGGGGGGUGCUCCGAUUCUCACCGUUACCGAUUUAUCCCCCACUCCGUGUCGCGAGUGCCCGGUGGCCGUAGGUGGAAUGCGACUCACCACGGCCCUGACGUUUCUCACCGGCUGCGCCUUGAUUCUCUCGCCGGGCACCGGGGGUUGUGGCCCGGGCAGAGGUUACGGGAAGAGGCGGCCACCGAGAAAGCUGACGCCGCUCGCCUACAAACAGUUCAGCCCGAACGUGGCCGAGAAGACGCUGGGAGCGAGCGGCCGGUACGAGGGCAAGAUCACGCGCAACUCGGAGCGCUUCAAGGAGCUCACGCCGAACUACAACCCUGACAUCAUCUUCAAAGACGAGGAGAACACCGGCGCAGACCGGAUGAUGACGCAGAGGUGUAAGGACAAGCUGAACUCGCUGGCCAUCUCGGUGAUGAACCUGUGGCCAGGUGUGCGGCUGCGCGUGACGGAGGGCUGGGACGAGGACGGCCACCACUCGGAGGAGUCGCUGCACUACGAGGGCCGCGCCGUGGACAUCACCACGUCCGACCGCGACCGCCACAAGUACGCCAUGCUGGCCCGCCUGGCCGUGGAGGCCGGCUUCGACUGGGUCUACUACGAGUCCAAGGCCCACAUCCACUGCAGCGUCAAGUCAGAGAACUCGCUGGCGGCUAAGACAGGCGGCUGCUUCCCCGGGUCGUCGUGGGCGACCCUGGAGGACGGCAGUCAGCGUCUGAUGCGUGACCUUCGACCCGGAGACCACGUCCUGACCUCUACGGAGAGCGACGGCAGCGGCGGCCUCCUCUACAGCCCCGUGCUGACCUUCCUGCACCGCGACCCCGCGACCCGGAAGCACUUCUACGUCAUCACCACCGAGAGCGGCUCCCGCCUCUCCCUCACGGCCGCCCACCUCCUCUUCGCCUCGGACGGCCCGUGCAACGGAACCGCGACCGCGGGCGACGCCCACCUACGGACCGUAUUCGCCAGCGAUGUGCAGCCAGGGGCGUGCGUGGUGGUGGCGGCGGCGGCGGCGGCGGCGACCUCCUAUCCUCUAGAUGGCGCCGUUGAGGCGUGGUCGCGGCUCUCCCGCGUGGUGGGGGUGCAGGUCAGAGGUGAGCGGGGCGUGUUCGCGCCGCUGACGGAGCGCGGGACGCUGGUGGUGGACGGCGUGCUGGCCUCGUGCUACGCCGCGCUGGGGGACCAGGACCUCGCACACUGGGCCUUCGGCCCGCUCAGGACGCUCCUCCGCUGGACCGGACCCCUCCGGGACGGACCCCCCCGGGACCAGGCCUCCGGCCUGCACUGGUACGCUCGAGCCCUGCACUGGAUCGGAACCGCGGUUCUGGACUCAACACACUUCCAUCCCUGGGGGGUGUAG